UUCUAUCUUUUCUGAUAUAUUCUAACGAUGGCGCGUAUCUUUGCACCUGCACGGACACGCUCGAAUGUGGCCGUUUUCACGUUUAUUGCACUGUGGGGAUGUGCGCUCUCCAUCACCCGCUACUCUAUUCCGGAGGAGAUGGAAGAGGGCUCCUUUGUUGCCAACCUGGCCACGGAUCUGGGUCUGGAUGUUCGGAGCCUGGUGCAGCGCAGCGCGAAGCUUGAUGUCAUCCACAGCAAAAACUACCUCGACAUCAACAAAGAGACGGGGGAGCUGAUCAUCCGCGAGCGGAUCGACAGGGAGAGCAUCUGCACGACCAAGACAACCUCGUGCUUUCUGAAAAUGGACGUCAUCCUCGAGAACCCCAUUCGCAUUUUCAACAUCGAGCUGGAGAUCAUGGACAUUAAUGACAACGCGCCCGUGUUUCGCAGGAAGACGAUGCCCUUGGACAUUUCGGAGGCGACCCCUCCCGGUGAGAGGUUUUCAUUGACAAACGCCGUGGAUGCGGACGUGGGGGCCAAUUCAAUCAAGACCUACUAUCUCAGCGAGAGCGAAUACUUUGUCAUCGACAUACAAACUGGCAGCGAUGGUUCCAAAUAUGUCGAUUUGGUCCUCAGCGGUAAUUUAGACCGAGAGGAGCAUUCAGUUCAUAAUCUGAUUUUAACCGCUGUGGAUGGAGGGUUGCCUCCCCGCUCCGGCACAGCCAACAUCAUCAUUAAUGUCCUGGAUAUCAAUGACAACGCCCCCCUGUUCAGUCAGCCGGUGUUUGCAGUGAACAUGUCAGAGAACACGGCUGCGGGGACGGUGGUCUUGAAGUUAAACGCGUCAGACUUGGAUGAGGGCUCAAACGCCCAGUUGAUCUACUCAUACACACUGUACACCUCAGAGAAGACCCAGGAGCUCUUCUCCCUCGAUCCAGACUCAGGUGAAAUCCGGGUGAAGGGGGUGAUCGACUAUGAAGAGAUUCAAAGUUUUGAGAUGCACAUACAGGCUCAGGACAGAGGGGCCAACCCGCUGUCCGGCCAUUGCAAAGUGAUGGUGUUCAUCACCGACGUGAACGAUAACUACCCCGAGGUGACAGUGAAGUCUCUGAAAAGUGCACUGACCGAGGAUGUCUCUGUGGGGGCGCUGAUCGCGGUGGUCACCGUCAGCGACAGGGACUCGGGAGCCAACGGUGAAGUGGAGCUCACCUUGAGUCAACAGAGAACCUUACCGUUCGUUCUCAACAAAUCCUCGGAGGGUUACUUUGAGCUGCUGCUCUCAAAGCCUCUGGACAGAGAGCUCAUAAGCAAAUAUGAAAUCAUACUGAGGGUGACAGACAAAGGCUCGCCGCCCCUGUGUGAAAACGAAACCAUCACCUUAGAUAUUCUUGAUGUCAAUGACAAUGCACCCAUGUUCUCUCAGUCCUUCUACACAAUCCACGUGGUGGAGAACAACGUACCAGGGGCGCUGCUGACAUCUCUAAGUGCAUUAGACCCCGAUCUAAAUGAGAACCAGUACUUGGUCUAUUUCAUAAUGGAGAAGGAGAUUGUCAACACGUCUAUGUCAAUGCUGUUCUCCAUCAACCCUGAGAACGGGGACCUGUAUGCCCUGAAGACCUUUGACUAUGAGCGGGAGAGGGAGUUCCUCUUCCACAUCGAGGCCAGAGACUCUGGUGUUCCCCCACUGAGCAGCAAUGUGACAGUUCACAUCAUCAUUCUGGACCAAAACGACAACACUCCGCUCAUAGUAGCACCGUGGCGGGCGCGGGGCUCCUUGAUAGAGGAGGUGAUCCCCAGGUCCACAGACAAGGGCCACUUGGUCACCAAAGUGAUUGCUAUUGAUGCGGAUUCGGAGCAGAACGCGAGGGUCACAUACCAGCUCCUGCAGAUCACUGACUCGUCCCUCUUCAGUCUUGAUCAGUAUAACGGUGAAAUCCGGACGACGAGGAUGUUCAGCUACAGAGACCCAAGACAACAGCGGCUUGUCAUCGUUGCCAAAGACAAUGGCCAACCUGCGCUCUCUGCCACUGUCACCAUCAAGAUAUCCACAGUAGAGCACGUCAGGUCCUUUUCAGAGACUACAGAGAUGCCACUAGAAUAUGACCUCUUCACAGACCUAAACUUGUACUUGGUGAUCGGUUUAGGAGCUGUGUCAUUUCUGCUACUGAUAACCAUCCUGGUUAUUAUUGUGCUGAAGUGUCAAAAACCAAAGCCGAAGGUGCUAAAGAUGCCCCCGGCCAAUAGGAACAGCGUGAUCAGCAGAAACAGCAUGAUCAGCCAGAGGAGCUCCACCAUCGCAGACUCCACCCUGAUCUCCAGCGAUGCCUACUGGUACAGUUUGUUCCUCGCAGAGACCAGGAAAGGCAAAGUGGUGAUGAGACAGCCCAUAAUCCCAAAAGGAGCUGGGUACUUUGUGUCCAGUAUACCCAGGAGCAUAGGGCCAAGUGAGACCACAGACUCCAGAGCGUCCACACUGGAGUACUCAAAAUGAAAGGAAGUCCAUUCUACAACUGGAGCAGGAACCCAGGAGAGAACUGCCAUGAUAUAAUCAUCUCUUCGUGGGAAGCUUUGGCUGAAACUCUCCCCCUGUGACUCGCAAAAGAAGAAGAUGUCCUCCCCCAGUCUCUCGGCUCCAAAGCUCCUUUCUUUCAAGUUCCUCAAAACCCCCCCGCCCCAUACGAACAUCGACCACCAAUCGCCUCAGCUUUCUACCUGUUUUUUUCUUUCUCUUCUAAGCAUGAAUCUGCAUGAUUCUACAAAGUAUUUUCAAGUAUUCGGAAAAUAGGAAAAUUUGAAUCAUUCAUGGCAGAAUAUCUGGACGUUACUAGAGUGGCCUCAUGUAGUAAAUCCCCCUUCUCCUCAAUGCUUUGAAGCUCCUCAGUGGACGAACUUGCCUUCUCUCCAGGGUCACAUUAUGUGCCGUAUCGUUCUUAAAACCAUCUGUAGGGUCACGAUCAUGCAACAUUUCUUCAGCAAACACCUCUAAUUAUAAAUACACAUGAAACAGGGUGAUAUGAUAUGAUUCUUCCAUAAACCUGGUAAAUACAUAACUGUAGCUGGUUUUGUCAUUGAUUCAGGCUUUUGCACUUGGUAUUUAUCUUUCGUUCCUUUUCUUUUUUUGAUAAAACAAUUCUACUGUAUUAUGAGUCUCGCUGUUUACAGAGGCUCGUUCAACUAAUAACUUUACAAUGACAAUAAUUGGUGAUAAGGUUUUUUUUUUUUUUACAAUGUUUUUUGUUCUAACAGUGACGAAUGUGAGAAAAUGACAAAAAGACAAUGAAAGAAAACAAAACUGUAAAAAAGAGGUAAAAAACAAACAGGAGAUACAUAAGGUGUGUCUCAAGUGCUGGGCUGCAUCCUCUGGAGGAGGAGAUCUACGACUGAGAGGGCCGGACCGACAAGUGACGGUCUGGUCACGAUUUCCUUGCUUGUCAUCGGCUUGUCCCACCCCCAUCGCUGUUGCCUAGCAACGGAGGUGCAGUUGGACGCUCCAAGGAAGUUUGGCUGUCCUUUGGAUGUUAGGUUGAGUUGAAGCAUUAGUCGUCUUGUCGCCGACCGGCGCCACUACUUCUUUGAAAAAUUGUUUGUCACUAAAGCGCAAUGAACCCUGGGAAUGGUUGGGCCAGGAAGGAUUCUCCCGUUGGACCCUUCUUUUCUUUAGGAUGGAAGGAAUUGUGGUCGUCUGCAGUUGAAACAACCUUCCUAAUAGGUCGGCCUAGUCGUGCAGCUGUGCAGCCUCCGAAGGAUGCAGGCCCUGAAUUGAGACACAGACUUUUUAUUUGAUUGUAGAUAAUGCAGUUCUAUAGAUUUCUGACACCUGCAGAAGUGCAGUUCAUACUUU